CGUUAGUUAGUUUAUUUCUUUUUCAGUUUCCACCACUUACUACAAUAAUACUCGAGAUGAGUAUUUAAAUGUACUUGACAAUCGACAUUGUUUCAGGGUUUCAUCAUAGAUUAGCAUUCGCAUAAGCUUAUCCAAAUAUUGCGAGACCUAUUCCAAAGCAACAUGAAUAACGGACCAUCCUCCAAUGCAAAAUGGUUAUAUGACAGUCCAAUCCAUUCUGAUGUAGAAGCCAAGCUGCGGCAUUUCUUGGUUGAAUUAGGGAAUGCUGAUCAUAGAAUACUUGGAAUUCAGGUUUGUGCCUACAAAGAUGGGAAAGUGAUAAUUGAUACUUCAGCUGGAGUUAUGGGAAAAGAUGAUCCUCGUCCAGUUCAGCCUGAUACCUUAUUUCCGGUUUUCUCUGUAACUAAAGGCGUCACGGCUGGAAUGAUACAUUGGCUUGCUGAUAAAGGGAAACUGAAGUUUGACGAAAAUGUUGCAAACAUUUGGCCGGAAUUUGGAACCAAUGGAAAAGAUCAGAUAAAGGUUCAUCAUAUACUUAAUCAUACAUCUGGUCUACACGAUGCUCUUUCUGUGAUUGUUGAAGAUGAUCCUAUACUAUUCUGUGAUUGGGAUGAAUGUGUAAAACGCAUUGCGACAGUAGAACCAGAGACUGAACCCGGUUGUAAACAAAUAUAUCAUUAUCUGUCGUAUGGUUGGCUGUGUGGUGCGAUCAUUGAGCAUGCAUCCGGGAAGAAGUUUCAAGAUAUUCUUGAGGAAGCUUUUGUUCGCCCACUUAACGUGGAAGGCGAGUUUUACAUUGGGAUUCCUCCUGGUGUGGAAUCCCGUCUGGCAACACUAACGUACGAUAAAACUGAAUUUAGUAUGUUUGUCGCUUUAACAGCAACCCCUGAGUUCAUGUCUCAUGUGCCUUCGUCAUUCUCGCCCAACAUACUUGAUGUCCUUAUUACCUCAUCAAACACUCUCAAUGUCCGUUGUGCCAUACUACCUGCAUCUAACGGACACUUCUCUGCCCGUGCAUUAGCCCGCUACUAUGCCGCCCUUGUGGACGGGGGUGUGGUCCCUCCCAGCCAACCCUCCUCCCUCCCACCACUUGGAAGCCACCCUCAUCACUCCAUUACUCACAGUCACACCACUAAUCCUAAUCCUGGAUCUGAUCUUAACAUUGAAGUGCUUGAAAGCGAUGACACAAAUGAUGAAAUAGAUAGUAAAAUCUUUAGCACUCAAAAAUCAAAACUUCAUGAUUUGUUCUUGGGGAACGGACUUAAUAAAGAUCUAAUAUUACCGAAUGGCAAAUUCGGGCUAGGGUUUCAUAGGAUUAACAACAUUGAUGGUUCGAUGAUUGGGUUUGGUCAUGCAGGCUUAGGUGGUUCGACGGGAUAUUGUGACAUAAAUAACCGAUUUUCGAUUGCGGUGACCUUAAACAAGUUGUCUUUCGGGCCUUUGGUUGCGGAAAUAAUCCAAUUUAUUUGCUCAGAACUUGAUCUUCCUGUUCCGGACGAUUAUGCAGGAUCUUGGGAGUUCACCGAGAAACCGGUGUUCAAUUAAAGGUGGCUUGAUCGAAACUUGCUCAUAGUUGGACACUAUUUCAAGUUAACGUUGUUAAACAAUGUAUUUUUGCAACAACCUCAGGUUUUUUUUUUGGACCAACAAAUAUAAAUAUAUAAUCUACUCUUAAAAUAACAUUUAAAUUCCCUAUUUAUGUCUACAACGGAGCUUGAACCAUCAACCUUAAAAAUAAUAAAUAAUGUUGGUCUAGAAGCUUUUGGUAACAACCUCCACUUAAGUAUAAGGAAGUAUACCUUUGUCGUGUAAAGCAAUAUUUUAUAUAUUCACUCUUUUGCGUAUUAAUGUUUUGAUUCUUGUUGUCAUGAUUAAUUGAAUGCAAUGUGGAAAAUUUAUAAAUUU